GGUGCGCUGCUGAUUUUAAUAACUGCCAGCUGUUGGGACGAGUGUAGACGGCUGCUGCAGUGACGCUUGUUUGAUAAACGCGAAGAAAUGAGACCGAAAACCUCCGUUUUGACUGUUGCCUGUUUUCUGCUGUCUCAAUGCGUGUACCUUAAUACCUUAAAUCCCUGAGAAACGAGCACUCUACAAAUUGACGGAGCGCAGAUGCGAUUUCACCGCAAUAUUAAAGGGGACGUGAGCUUGUAGCAGGAACACAGAUAUGCUGAGGACGCCGGGAGGAGGACGGUAGCGAAAAAAAUUCCUUCCAGCGGCUUGUUCCUGUAUGUAUGUGCACUUUGCAUAUUCAUUUUCAUGAGCCGUGGCCACCCUCGAGCUUUAUUUUGUUGCUGCAUGACAGCCAUUGAGCGCAGGCAGGAGAGCAGCCUGCGGGGUAGCUGCUGGAGAUGCAGUCCAGGAGAGCCGCGCCUCCUGAUGGGGGCUACGGCUGGGUGGUGGUCGUGUCAGCAUUUUUCAUCAUGGGCCUCACUGCUGCCGUCCUCAAGAACUUCGGCCUCUUCUUCCUGGACAUCCAGAGCCACUUUGGAGUCCCCACCAGCACCACCUCGUGGGUCACCUCCACAACGAUUGCCGUGUUUCACCUGGGAGCUCCAGUGGCCAGUGUGCUGACCUUACAGUUUUCUCAGAGAGUGGUCAUCAUAGUCGGGGGUCUGCUGGCUGCCUCGGGGAUGUUGCUGGCAUCUCUGGACCUCAGUCUGCCUUGGCUCUACCUCACUUUGGGCGUCCUGCAAGGAAUGGGCAUAUCCUUAUCGUGGAUCCCUGCUAACAGCAUGGUGAGCCACUACUUUGUACGGUGGCGUCCCAUCGCCUACGCCAUCGCCAGCUCAGGAGAAUGCGUCUUCGCUGUCAUGUUCAGCCCCUUCUUCCAGUGGCUGAUUGAGAUGUACAGCUGGCAAGGUGCCUUGCUCAUCAUCGGAGGACUUCAGCUCAACCUGUGUGUCUGUGGCGCUCUCAUGAGACCUCUGGAGACUGCCCAGAGCCCGCUGCAGGAACCCAAAGGUGGUCUGGAGCGCAACAACGGCCCGCUCCCACCAAAGAGGAAGGUUAUCUUCCAGUGCUCCCUGAUGAGAAAACCUGAACUUUUCCUCUACAUUCUGUUCGCCAUCUUUGCAGCGGCAGGGUUUUUCAUCCCACCUCUCUUUCUAGUGCCCUUUGCCAGCAGUUUGGGGAUGGAUCAGUACUGGCCAGCCUCGAUCCUCUCCGUCCUGGCAUUAGCAGACCUGGCGGGGAGGCUGAUCUGUGGGUGGAUAGCCAACAUGAGGCUGAUGAGGAACCUGCAGCUGCUCACCAUGGUGGUCACUCUGCUCGGGGUGGUGCUCCUGCUGCUCCCCAUCAGCCACAACUACUGGGCCAUCCUGGUCUUCGCCUCGCUGUACGGAUUCCUGUUCGGCUGCGUGGUGGCCAUACACGUUACCUCCAUCUUGGACAUCGUAACCCUGGAGGGGUUCGACAGCGCACUGGGGCUCUUCAUGCUGUUUAGGAGCAUCGGUGGCUUUGUCGGUCCACCUGCUGCAGGCUGGCUGGUGGACGAGACCAAUGACUACAGCUCCGCCUUCUACCUCUCAGGCCUCUGCCUCACUUUGUCAGCAGUGUUUGUCGUCCUGGUCGACCGCCUCGUUCAGAGGAGGAAAGCUGUGGAGUAUGAAGGUCAUCAGGCGAUCCACCACGAGGACUGGGAGGCAGAAUAAGUCAAGUGAGACUGUUACAUAAGGAUUUUUAGGUGCCAGACUGUUUGUUGCCUUGUUCAGUAUGUGAUCACAUGUCAGCUGCUGGGUGGUUUUACCCAGCAGAACACCAGGGGUCCCGUCCACGGUUUUAAGUAGUAGUAGAGUUAGUAGUAGUUAUCAUAAUGCCCAAUGUAUUUUAAGAAAAAAUAUAAACAUCACUGUUAGGUUCUUUGAAGCUGGAGGAGUCCUGUAUGUCAUCAAGGUUGUAAACUACAUGUGGGUCAGUCCACAGUGGGGAGCCGUGCCGUUUAAGGCAACUUUUCAGCCGUAAAUAACUCAUGUGUGUCUGGUAACUUCACUGCUGGCUGGCAUGCUGGCCUGGCUCUCACAGAGCGUAUUUUGUUGUCACAGUCGAGUUCAGCUUUUAGGAUUUUUAUUGAAUGUACCUCUUGUUCAAUCAAAUCAGUACUUCCUAUGCAAUAGAGACUAAAGAUGAAGUCUCAAAAGGAAAUUAGGUUGAGUAGCUUCUUAAUGACUUUUGACUUGAAGCCCAGGUAUUUUUUGUUAUUUUCUCGAAUGAAAUGCUGUAAUACCAGUUCUCAUGCGCACAAUUGCACCUUUUUCCUCCUUGAAAAUGUGACUUUUUAAAGGCAUCUCACAGAGGAACUAAUUUUGACAGAUUCCUUCUGGUUUUGGGUUCCUUCUGUACCUUCUCCAUGUUUUGACCAACUUGGUCUUUUUACGUUUUAAAGUUUUGUCUGAAUAUACAGAAUGUUUUUUUUCAUAUCACCAGUUAAAAAUGCCACAUUUUAAGGAAUACAUCCUGGCACUGAUGGUUUUAAAGUUAUGAUUUUCAUGUCUGACUUGACUGUCCUGUCCUCUAUAUUAUUUGUCUUUUCUGCCUUUCAACUGUCCCAAACCCAAAGGCAGAUCCCAACCAGCCUGCUCAAGCUCUCAGGAGCUGCCCCCAUGACAUGAAACUGAUACCAGGAUGAGGAUAUUUGUAGGAUCUUUUAGGAGUGUGGUCUGUGCUCUACAAAUUACUCUAGAGUUAAAGUACAGUCAUGCAAUCUAAUUAAGUUUCUUACGCUGAACUUGUCACACAGGCUAAAUACUUUAAUUUAAAAUGAAUUUUUAACUGUUUUACGAAUGUUUUGAGGAGGGCUGCAACUAUCACUUACAUUAUCAAUAAAUCAGCUUUUUCAAUUGUUUGGUCUGUAAAAUAUCAGAAAAUAUUGGCCAUCACAAUUUGCAAAGCUGAAGUCUGUCAAUAAAUGUCUUGCUUUUGUUCGACAGUUUACUUUGUUGUCAUGCUAGACAAAGAAAAGCUCCAAAUCCUCCCAACCAAGAAGUGGGGGCAGGGCGGGGGGUGUUGGGCAUUUUUUUAAUAAAUAAUGUGUGAAAACAUUUUGUCCAAAAGGUGCAGUUAAAUUUGUGAUGAGGGAAAUUCUUUGAUUUGUUGACAUCAUUUUGUCAGUGUGAAGGGAAGAUUAUGAAAUUGAAGUGUUCCACCAGUCACCAAUUUAAGCCUGUCUUCAUAAAAACACAUGAGCACACUUAAAGACAAAAAUGUUUAAUACCAAUAUCUUUUUUUCUACAGACAAAACAGUUUCGAUUACAAAAUAAUUAACCUAAAAUUAAGACUAUCCUCGUCCACUAUCAACACGUCCUAACACACAUUAAGACAUUUUCAUACAACCGAUGCAUAUUAACAAAAAGCCUACAAUAAGGUACCUCCUAUGUUUUGUCAGGUAUUUGGAAACAAAGAAAAAAAAAGGGAAAGUCAAGGCAGCUAUUUUACACAACAGACACUGAGGCACCAAGGGCAUUUCUUUAUAGAUGUUGGGAGUCUAGAAAUGAACUGUACUCAACUUGUAGUACAGUAUUUCAGAGGUGUAUUACAGAGCGGCCUCGGUGUCGAAGGGUGCACAUAUUUUGCAGCCUGGAAAAGCAAAAGUUGCACCUUUGGUCCAUUGGAAGAGUUCGAG